GUUUCAAGUGCCCCAUUUGCUCUAAGUCUGUGGCUUCCGAUGAGAUGGAAAUGCACUUUAUAAUGUGUCUGAGCAAACCUCGCCUCUCCUACAAUGAUGAUGUGCUGACUAAAGAUGCGGGUGAGUGUGUGAUCUGCCUGGAAGAGCUGCUUCAGGGGGACACGAUAGCCAGGCUGCCUUGCCUGUGCAUCUAUCACAAAAGCUGCAUAGACUCCUGGUUUGAAGUGAACAGAUCUUGUCCAGAGCAUCCUGCUGACUGACCCUGCUGGGCUGGCUUGCUGACUCCUCUCAAAGGUUUAUUUUAUUUAUUCCAAGUAAAUGCCCAGACCAGCUGACGGUGUCAGGCAAAUCAGGGACAUUUGCUCUUUUUACCUUCACCUCACAAUCUGAUGACAAGGGGAGAAGACAAAGCAAGGGUGAGAGUGAGGCAGAGGGAUUGGACUCUGGCUUCAGAAUGCAGGUCCAAAUUGCCGGCAUGAUGUUUGGCUUCCGGGGGCCUUCCUGGACUGAACCAGCUGCCCCUCCCGACCAGCCUGCCCUCAGGGGGCCACACUGCUGCCACGGUGAGAUGCAGCAGCAGCUCUCGGCCAGAUGGAGCACGACUGACUUCUUCCGACCCACACAGGAACAGACAGCCCUGUUCUGAGAGGAGGCUCCUGGGACACUGGACAGAGCUGAGUUUGGGACACCAGAGGGAACAGGGCACCCCUUCUGCACUGACUUCCAGAAAAUGGUCCUCCCUCCUCCCUGAGGACACCCAGCUGGAUGAGAGCGAGUCUGAGAGAAGAAUGAAUUGACCUCUAUCCUUCCCCUCACCCUCAACCCAGGAGGGAAAGGGCAUUUUCUUUUUCACCUUUGAAAGGCGUUGUGGGUCUGUCUUUAAAGUGUUUACAACAACAACAAAAAAAUUAUAUAAAAAAGUCUAGUGUCGACUGGUGUUUUCCCUCGUGAUGUUUACAGAUUGCUGUUUGCUGCCCAGCUAACACCCACUCAGUGACAGAACCAAGCAUAGCCAUGUCUUCACCGCUAGCACUGACAGCGGGCAAGCGGGCGGGCACACGGUCACUUCCUUUGCCCAACGCCCCAGUUGGUUCUCUGUGUCACCAACCUUUCUACUUUGGGAGAUUUGGGUGUUUUUUGUGUUUGUUUUUGUUUUCUUUUCUUGUUUUUUGUCCCAUCUUUCUGGCUUGGUUUUGCACUUGUCUCCCCUUAGUACUCUGAUAUCUUGAUGUCCUUGCCAAAAAAGAAAAAGGAAGACAAAGAAGAGCCCAUCAAGGGUACUUCCCCAGGCCAUUCCCAUGUCUUCCCUGCCUUUCCUCCUGGAUCUGGUCCAAUCAGAGGCUUUAACAAUCACAAAUACACUGAAAGAAAUGCCUGGACAUUUUUCUUAGGCCCUUGUGGGUUUUUUGUUUUUUGUUUUUCCUUCUUCUGAGAAAACUUAGACUUACUAAAGGAACAUGUACUGCUACCCCUCUCAGGCACACUGAGAACAUUUUAGCCAUUGGUGUUCACACGUGGCAUCAGCCCAUGCAGGAUAGGUUUCUGUAUUUAUAUAUUAAAAUACAAAAAAAAAAAAACCUUACAAAAUGUUUUAAAAUUGUUCAAAGCUCGGGAGAAAAGCUUUUCUUCAUCAGUCAAGGUGUUUUGAUAUGGUAUUAAAAUAAUGUCUAAUAAAAGAUGCACCGUGUGAUCUUA